ACCGGCAAUCCGGCAACGGGGUGAACCGGAAGGUGUGAUUUCCCCGGACCCCGCAUCGUGAUUAUGGACAGCGACGACGAGUCGGAGGCCCGCGCGGAAUCAAAUAUGAUAGUCUAUAUACAGUCACAUGCUGAGCCACUCGACCCGUACACCCCUGACUACCCGUCCUCUUCGUCCUUUCCUUUCUCUUCGCUGCCAGCCACGACGAGCUCGACCAUCCCGCCUUUCCCAGUAUCAUGUCGCGAAACGGUAACAAGAAGCCCGUUGGCUUUGCAACCCAUAUCACUGCAGGCGGCAUCGCAGGUGCUUGUGAAGCGCUAACAUGUCAACCUUUGGACACCAUAAAGGUCCGGAUGCAGCUUUCCAAGUCUGGGCGUGCACCAGGGACAAAACCAAGAGGUUUCUUCGCUACUGGCGCGUAUAUCGUACGCAGGGAGACCCCUUUGGCUCUGUACAAGGGUCUAGGUGCUGUUUUGUCUGGUAUCGUCCCCAAAAUGGCCAUCCGGUUCGCUAGUUUUGAGGCCUACAAGGGCUGGCUGGCGGACAAGGAGACAGGGAAGACAAGCCUUGGCAACAUAUUCCUUGCGGGUCUUGGCGCUGGAACUACGGAGGCGGUCGCUGUCGUAACGCCCAUGGAGGUUGUGAAAAUACGGUUACAAGCUCAACAGCACUCCUUGGCCGAUCCUCUCGAGACGCCGCGGUAUCGAAAUGCCGCUCAUGCGGUAUAUACUAUUGUGCGAGAAGAAGGCUUCUCUGCGUUGUAUCGUGGUGUCUCUCUUACUGCACUUCGACAAGCGACCAACCAGGGAGCCAACUUUACCGUCUACCAGGAGCUGAAGAAGGCCGCGCAGCGGUGGCAGCCUGACCUCCCCGAGCUCCCUUCAUACCAGCACAUGAUUAUUGGUCUCAUUUCUGGUGCGGCCGGUCCUAUGUCGAAUGCACCUAUAGACACUAUCAAGACUCGUCUACAGAAAAGUACCGCCGUUCCAGGUCAAUCGGCGUUCCGUCGUAUCUAUGGUAUCGCUGAGGACAUGUGGAAGGCUGAGGGAGUAAGAUCGUUCUACAAGGGUAUAACUCCGCGUAUUUUACGCGUGGCCCCUGGUCAGGCGAUCGUGUUUGCGGUGUAUGAGAGAGUCAGCACGGUGAUUGAGCGGAUUAAUCCCACAGUGUAUGAGGACGAUACCUAUGCGGAGUAGUCUGGCUUCUUUUCAGGUCUAUUUCUAUACCUAUAUACUAGGGAAUUCAUGUGCACAUUCUACUGCAACGACGAAAUGGCCAGCUAGUUGUUCCACCUUUU